AUGAUCCUACUAUUAUUUCCGCGAUAUCGACGGGAUGAAAGUGUCCGCCAAUUUGGAGAGUUGGGUCCGAGGGAGGAUCCUCAACCGGAAAUCAAGCAAGGCUUCAAACUGCGGCCAACGAAAACUGUGGACAAAUCCAAACCGGUGAUUAUCGCUGAGGGGGAGGAUGCCGACUGUAUUGCUCCAACGAAACGACCUCCUCCUGGAAUAGCACCGACAACUUCGCUUCAUGUUGAAGAGGAAGCAUCACCUGCAAGUGUCCAGAAGUCUCCAAGAGCUUCACCUUCACUACAGGCUUCUCCCAAAUUUGAAUUCUCAGCUCAUCCACCACCACCUACCGGUGGUGAACCACUACCGCCACCGCCACCUCCACCGCCACCUUUCUUCUCAGGUUCUGUUCCACCUCCACCGCCACCUCCAGGAACAUUUGGUUCGCCAAUGCUACCACCACCACCAACGGUGGAACGGUCACCGCAAGAUAGAAGUAGAAAAUCACCUUCACCGUUCACGAAUUUGGGUGGGAAAUCUCCAGUCGAGAUCGAUCUCGGAGAGUUUCUACACUCCAUUCAGGGAGGUGUUCGACUUCGUAAGACAGUCACCAAUGACAAAAGUGGUCUAAUUGUGGACGAAACGCUGAAGCAGAAAAGCGUGCAGUUGAUUGAACCGACGCCAUCGACCGCAUACAUUCCACCGAAGAAAGAUCCACCCAAGAGAGGCUAUCAGCGACCACAAUCUCCUAGAGACACUUCAUACCUGCAUUCUGAUGUGUCUGAAGACGAAAGAUUCCUUACCCCUACGGGUCGUGGCUCCGAAUACGGUACUCCCGAACCGGACGAAUCAUCAUCACGUAGUGCUCGAAAUUCUCCGGUAAAGGAAGAAAAACGACCGACUGAUUUUGCAUUUAGUGAAAAAAGUCUGAAGAUCACAAGAGAAGACAUAGAGCAGGAAAUCCCGUCCGGUACGGCAGCAGCGCGGAUCGCCGCAUUCAUGCAGAAUGUUGGUGCUGAAGUAUCAAACGGUGGCACAAUACAGCGUAAUUUCCGUCCAUCACCGCUCAGAUUUCCCAUAAACAAAGAGGUGAACAAUAAUGCAGGUGGUAUUAACAAACCAAAAGCGCCAUCAAAAUGGGCUCCUGUGGAAACUGGAGGGCUACGACAACCGACAAGAGUGAACGUUCCCAUGGAUCGAAAUGAACGUGCUCACUCUGAAGUUAGAUGUCGUAGUAAAUCAAAUCUACAAGAGCCGACGGUGGAGAGGGCCAGAACUCAAAGUCCCGUCUCUCGUGACAUCGUUACUCCUGCUAACCCGACAUCAGCGACUGGAAAUCGCAGGAAUGACUACCCUCCACCUCUUCCAGCUACAGAACCACCAACCAUCAACGAAAUACCACCCACUCCGAAAGCAUCUAUAGCAUCAUGCUAUCCUUACAGUAAUACGGACGAAAUUUCCAGUAAGAAAAACCCAUCGCGAACUACCGAAAAAGACUCACCGUCACAAUCGCCGAGCAGAAGUCCGUCACGAAGUUCUGGGAGGAAAGCACCGUCUGAGACCAAGAGUCCAGUACAAACGGAGAAAAAAGUGUCUCGAUCACAGAACGCGAGUCCAACGAAAACCGAGGAGAAAACGUCAUUGUUAAAUUCACAGAAUGAAACCUCACAGAGUAAAACUUCGUCGAGAACUCGAAAAUUGUCACCGUCACAAAACAACCCAUCGCGAACUGAGGAAAAAGUGGUGUCACCGACACCAUCGCAAUCAUCGACUUCAAUUCCAUCACCAUCUUCUACUUCACCUGCCAGUACAUCUCCCGAUACUACCAGAAGACGAACCAGUGCUGCAUUUGAUAAGGCAAAGGAGAAGUUUUCUGGAUGUACAGACUUUGCAAGUCCUCCACUUUCGAAAGAUUCGAUAAGACGUUCAGCAAGUCCUUUAGGUACUUUCAAUGCGACCAAGGAAAAAUUUGAAGGGAAACAGAAACGAAUGAUCGACGUGCCGAUCUCGGCACCGUGGUACAAGCCGUCAUUGUCGACCACACAGGUUUCCGAGUUGGCACGUGCUCGUAAGGUAGUUGUUAGCAUGGAUCCGUUCUCGUCAUUGGAUCCGGACACAUUUCGGCGUAACUAUCGAUUCAAUAUCGAUUUGUCGAGUGAUUCGCCGUUAUCGAUCGUGAACAGAUAG